AUGAGCAGUUCCUGUGUGACACUGGCCGAGGUCCUGUGGGCAAAAGGAAGCCCUUUGGAGGAAGAAGAAGUAUGGGCACUCUUGUACCUGGCCACAGUGCAGCUUCUGGAGGACCUUCACAAAGACCCUGCCAUCUGUGUGAUUUGUCCAUGGUCAGUACUACUGUCCGCUGAAGGAAAUUUGUCCUUUCAAAACAAUGCAUCUCAGACGGAAGCUGUCCCUUUCAGUGCACCAGAAUUGCUCCACAGACAAAGUAAAAACCAGCGCAUUGGACUAACAAAGAUGUUGGUGUAUUCCUUAGGAAUGACCCUCUAUUGGUCAGUAGACUACCAGGUUCCUCCUAACCAGUCCCUCCAGCUGAGUGACCAACUACACACGCUCUUGCUGACACUGUGUGAAGAUCUGCCACAUAAAAGACUUUCUCCUGAAUCAAUUCUGGAAGCCUGUGAGGCACAUCAGAAGGAAUCUGCUUUCUUACCAGCAAAUGUCUACAUAAAGAAAAUGGUCCAGUUUGCUGUGGGAAGUGUCAGUGAGGUAGAGCGGGUAGUCACUGACGACAGCACAGCCUCUCAGCUUAACAGGAGUCAUGUGAUAAGGAAAAGACUGCAUGAGAAAAUAUCAGACACCUCACCACUGUCCUCCCAGAUGAAUUUUCACCAAGACAAAGGGUCCAGAUUAAUGAAUUAUAGUCAGUCAACAGAAGAUUACAGACAACUCUCUGUGGACUACAGUGACUCUAAUAGUAUUUCUGAAAGUACAUCUUUGAUACUGUCUAACCGAGGACACAGGAGAGGGAGAGUUCCACAGACACACAGGUCAUGGGACCCCAGCCUUAGUGGGUCAAGGACACAAAGUAGCUACAAGCUCUUCAUAAACAGGACUCUGUUAAAUGGGAAGGAUAAUGUUUCUUUGGCAGUUGGAUCACAAAAAUCCCAAAAUAACCGAAUCACAGAAAACUCCAUGGUGCUGCUGCCCAUGGAGUUUUCUGUUGUGGAAGUAGAAGGGACAGAUUUCAGGCUGUUUUCAGGUCCAGAAUUUAUUAUUUUGUCUAGUGAACCACCAGUGACCUUACAGCUGCCUGGAUCAAUUGUGACUAAAAAAGGGAAAUCCUAUUUGUCCCAAAGGAAUCUCAAUGUGAUUCUACUCAACGGGCAGUGCCUUGAGGUGCAAUGUGACAUCAAGUCCAAGGCAAGAGAUGUUUUCAACACCGUGGUGGCGUAUGCAAACUUGGUGGAACAUUUCUACUUUGGCUUGGCUUACCUGAAAGGUAAAGAAUUCUUCUUUCUGGACGAGGAGACCAAACUCUACAAAGUGGCCCCAGAUGGCUGGAAUGACCAACCCAAGAAGAAAACCUCCAUCAUUAAUUUCACACUCUUUCUAAGGAUAAAAUUCUUUGUCAACCACUUUAAUGUUAUCCAGCACGGAUUGACAAGGCAUCAGUUUUACCUGCAGCUUCGUAAAGAUAUUUUGGAGGAGCGUUUAUAUUGCAAUGAUGAGACUGCCCUGAAACUCGGCGCUUUGGCUUUACAGGCAGAGCUUGGCAAUUAUGCUUCUGAGAUGCAUGGGAAGAGCUAUUUUCGUGUUGAAGACUACAUUCCAGCAAGCCGAAUAGAGAAAAUGACCCUGGUGUAUGUACAGCGAGAGCUUGCUAAAUUACAUCGUAUGAAUCGUUCCCUAUUUGAGGAUGAAGCUGAACUAGAAUUUUUAAAGGUGACUCAGCAACUUCCUGAAUAUGGAGUGUUAUUCUAUCGUGUGUCCCAAGAGAAGAAAGGAGCAGGAGGGGAUAUCAUCCUGGGAAUCUGUGCCAAAGGCAUCAUUGUGUAUGAGGUCAAAAAUCACACAAGAAUUGCCAGUUUAAGAUUCCAAUGGCGUGAAACAGAGAGAAUUUCAGCUCAUAGAAAAAAAUUCAUGAUUGAAAGCAGCUUCAGUGGCAAGAAACACACCUUCAUUACCGAUACAGCAAAGACAUGUAAAUAUCUACUGGACCUCUGCUCUGCCCAGCACAAAUUCAAUGCACAGAUGAAUUCUAGGCAACUUCGGCAAAAUUCAUCAGAGGAAAGUAAAUUUAUGGAAAUAGACAAAUCAAAUUCUGCAUAUACAGCUCAGCGUGAACACCUUGCCCUGAUACACAGACUGUCUCGUUCAGAGAAUGUGCUCUAUGGAGCAAAUCUGGAAAGCCUUUCUGCUGGGAUGAUGAGCAAAUCUUGUGAUAACCUCAGUGUGGAAACCAACAACAGGACUAGAGACAAAAGCAAUCUUGGCAGAUCCACAUCAGGGCUAUCCCAGUCAGAAAUGCACAUCAAUUUGAAUGGAAAGCAAAGGAGUUAUGACUACCUCUCUAUUCACUCAACUCAGAACACCAUCAGUGCACCUGGGUCACCAGCCAUCCAAAAGGAAGUUUUGCUAAGCGGUCUAGAAAGAGAAAUCAUUUGUGUCAGCCUAAAACGUGACCCUAAGAAUGGAUUUGGUUUUGUAAUUAUUGGAGGAGAAAAUGUAGGAAAAUUAGACCUCGGUAUCUUUAUAGCUUCAAUUAUCCCUGGAGGACCUGCAGACAGAGCUGGAAAUAUCAAACCAGGAGGACGACUCAUCUCUGUGAAUAAUAUUAGUCUUGAGGGCGUUUCAUUUAAUACUGCAGUUAAAAUCAUACAGAAUUCUCCCGAUGAAGUGGAGCUCAUCAUCUCUCAACCCAAAGACAUGUAUGAAGAAAAGAAUCUAUCAAGAGGAAACAGCACUAGUGGAUCUGAGAUCUCUUGUGUAGACAGUGGGAGAAAAAAGAUUCAGGAUUGUCAUACAGCUCUCCCCAAAGAAGAGGACAUAAAUAUAGAUGAACUUGAGAAGGCUCUUUCCUGGAGUUUAGCACCAAAAUUGGGCCCUAGGAUUCCAGUUCCUUCAGCUGAUAACCGGAAUGUGGAGGAAGCUGAUUCUUCACACUUACCAUCUCCAUCUGAAACCAACUCGAAGGAAAUUUAUACUGUGGAGCUUGUUAAAGAAGACGGGACUUUUGGAAUCAGUGUGACUGGUGGAAUUAACACUAGUGUGCGUCAUGGUGGGAUAUACGUGAAGUCAAUUAUUCCCAGGGGACCAGCAGAUAAGGAUGGACAAAUAAAGAUAGGUGAUCGUCUGCUGGAAGUAGAUGGCAUCAGCCUCUGCGGCAUCACCCACAAACAGGCCGUGGAACACCUUAAGAAAUCUGGCCAGAUUGCCAAGCUGGUUCUAGAGAGGGAAAACUACCAAUUGGCAGAGCCACGCCUGACUGCUAAUGACAGAAAGGAGGACCAAUAUGCAGUUGUUUCUGUGGCAACAUCCUUCACAGAUGGUACCAAGGACUACUGCUUUUUGACAGAUGAUAAUACAUUUGAAGUCAAAUUGACAAAGAAUUCUGGAGGUCUCGGCUUUAGUGUUCUGCAAAUGGAAGGAGAUGCUUGCGAACCCCUUGGAGGAGCUAUUGUCAGAAUCAAAAGACUGUUUCCAGGGCAGCCAGCUGAAGAGAAUGGCGAAAUUGAAGUUGGAGACAUCAUUUUAGCUGUGAAUGGGAAACCUAUUCAAGGACUCUUGUAUCAGGAUGUCCUGCAUUUGUUGCGAGGAGCUCCUUCAGAAGUCACACUACUACUUUGCAGACCACCAAAAGGUGUUCUUCCGGAAAUAGAGGAGAGUGCCCUGACUCCGGCACCAUCUCCAAUUAAGGAGUUUGUGGCAGAAAUGCCAGGCAGUACAGAGGUAGGAAAUAAUAUGGAUCAGUCUACCAGUGAUGGAGGUAGCACCUCUUCAGACCUCGAAGACUGCCUGGAUUCUCCAGCAGCAGCAGAUUUCAGUGAGCCUCCUGAAGAGGACAGCUCAACUUAUGAAGAGCAGGAAGCUGAGUUUCAAGAGAAGCCCAUACACAAACUUGUGACUCCCAGGGGAAGUUUCUAUAAGCGCCUUUGGAAGUUUCAUCAAGAAGCUGCCAGUUCUGAAGUCUUCCACUCCCUAGAGGAAGAAGUGAAGCAGAACUGCUACUCACCAUGUGAUCUUAUGCUUCAAGGCAAGCAUGAAAAUAAAAGCAGGCUUACAAAGAUAAGUCAGGACUUGUAUUUUUUAUGGAAAGACAGGAAUCAUUUUAUAUUUCAAAUUUCUGAUCCAUGCUCUAGUUACCAAGGAAAGACCUGUAGGAGCCCGGAAUGUGGCUGGCAUUCUGCAAAUAUGAAAAUUGUAGCAGUACUGUAA